AGCUCUCUGAACGGCCAGAUUCCACUGGUUUCUGUCUCUCUAGGCCUGGCGCUCAGCGGAGUGCUCAGUUCUCUUACAUACUUACCUACAAGGCCACGGAAAUGCAAGGUUCCGCCGCUGCGCCAGGAACUACAGUCGGGGAAGCGGGAGUGCGCAGCGCACGGGAAGGGGGGUCUCCUGUCUGUCUGCCGUGGGCUUAAGGAAUCUCCGGAGAGCGUCCUGGGUCGGAAGUGGGGAUCCGAUAAACGUUUUAGAGGAGUCUUUGGGUGAGGUGGGCAGGAGCUUGGGAGACCUCAGUGGGGUCGCCCUUUGCUCCCUGUUGGGCUUCACAGGGGCUGCGACGGGGACCAGCAGGACUUUGGAACUUGUUACUGGAGGUGUUGCGAUAACAAGGAGCAAGGUCAACACGCGCGCUGGGCGCCACGGCCCAACGCAGCCAGCAGAGCUCGGGGGCCGCUCCCAUCUCCGGCGCGCCGGUGCGGAAGCGAUCCCCCCGCUACCCAACAGAGGUCCCUCCUCGCCGCCGGACGACCCUCGGAAGCGGCGUGUGACAACACAGGGUCCCAGUGGGUUGCCCCAGGGCUGGGGGAGGGUCUCGAUCUCCGAGCUCCGGGCGCGUCAAGGGCGCCCGCUCCUGAUUGGCCGGUCGAGGGGCUCACGGACCAGGCGCUCAAGGAUUGGCGCAACCGGAGGCCAGAGUCGGAGUAACUGGACUCUAGGUUGCUGGUAGCAGUCCCGGAGCCUGAGGGGCUGGCGUCGGCGCCCGACACAAAGUCCAGGGAAGGAGCCUGGCCGGGACGCGCGCACCAUGCCCUACCUGCUCAUCAGCACCCAGAUACGCAUGGAGGUGGGCCCUACCAUGGUGGGCGAUGAGCACUCAGAUCCAGAACUGAUGCAGCAUCUGGGGGCCUCAAAAAGAAGUGUCCUGGGAAACAACUUCUCUGAGUACUACGUGAAUGACCCUCCUCGAAUAGUCUUGGACAAGCUGGAGCGCAGGGGCUUCCGUGUGCUGAGCAUGACAGGGGUGGGCCAGACGCUGGUGUGGUGCCUGCACAAGGAGUGACCCUCCCACGCUGAGGAGCGCCAGUCACCCCUUCUUUGGAGUGGCUGCCAUGGGCCCCGACCCCAAGACCCUGCCUCGCUCACCUCCCUGCCCCUUCUUCCCAAAUCGUCCUUCUCCUUGGCCCAGCACCACUGAGCAGUGAAUGGCCUUCUCUGAAAACUGUUUCAGACAGUGUGGAAGGGUACAGCCCCUGGCCCUGGUGCCCCCAGCUGCCCCUCCAGCUUCAGGCCUGGCACAGGCCCUGGAGGAGGCCCUAUUCUGUCAAAAACUGAGGGGCUGACGAGCCAGGCUGCCCCUGGCAGGGAGCUGGGUGCCCCUGUGGAGCAGAGCUCCAGGACUGGGUGGGUGGGGCCUGCAUAGCUAGUCCAAGCCAAUAAAGGGCUAUGAUGAGAGGCUGC